AUGAGAGCGACUGGAGGACAAUUCGACUUCAAUAAGCAAAACGGCAACCAAAAGGACCAAGGGUAAGAAAGUCUAUGGUGAACCAGAGAGACAGAAAGGAAUGAAGACGUUCGUUUCCAAGGAAACCUUAGAGGAUUAGGGAACGGCUCGGAACUUUCCACCUGUCCGUUCCGAGAUAAAAAUUUUUCACGAGAUGUUCGACAUUUCCGAACAAUCCCGCUUCUUUCAGAUUCAGUCCGCGAACGUACUCUUUGUCGUCGUCGUCGGAUCCGAACCAGAUGAGCGCCCGGACGUCUUCGACGGCGGAGGGGUCGCUUUCGCAGACAAUCUCGUCCGUCUGUCCGCUGACAAGCGAGAGUCACUUGCUGACUCUGGGCUCGGACAGUCGUACGAUCAGAAGCCAGCCGAAUAUUGCGGCGGCGAUGGUGGAACCGAACCUCGAGGACCACUUCAAGGGAGUGCUCAACAAGAAGGAGGCCGCUGCACUGACUCGCCCCGACGACUUCAUCCUUUACUACCGUGUGGCGAAGAAGGAUUCGAAGGGAUCUGUCGGGGGUGGCAGCGUCUCUCUGACGGUUCCACUCUUCAUUUGCGUGCGCACGAGCGACAAUCAGCCGCGCAACUUCCGUGUUCAGCAAGUGCUCCAGGAGAACAACAGCACCUGGUGGACUGUGAUUGUCGACAAACAACCGACGCAGCAGUUCCGUCGUCUCUCCGAUUUGGUUCGCUGUUUCCACUCGUACCGCUACAUCCAUCCGGACACCGGACGCCCCGACAUCUUGCCGCUUUGGCGUCUCGCUAAAUCGAGCAACACUGGUAUUAACAGCAAAGAAUAG